AUGGUCCCGGUAGUAGUGCUCUGGGCUCUCUUCAUGCGGUGUGCAAUCGCACAAUCCGUCACAAGUCUUUUCCUGCCAAUGGUCGAACCGCAAACGCUGGUUGGGUCUGUGAUCGGUAGUAAUCAUUCAACUACCACCUAUUCCAUUGCCUGUCCUCCUGGGACUGAUGCCGAAAAAUGCGGCGUCGAUGGUGCGAUGACAGCUAUUGAGGGCCCUCAGACAGCCAUGUAUAAUAUAAUUGAUGCCGCGGAUGAUAUCUCUGCGUAUAUAUCAUGUGACCUGGCCGAUUCUGCCACAGUGAGCUGUACAUCUACCAUCAGUGGCUCAGGUGCCGGCCAAUACACUGGCACUUCAACUACCACCAUCACAGCUGCGUCAACAAUGUUUUUACCUGUUACCAUUACCGCUGCUGCCUCGACAGGAGCGACCGUGCUUGAAUCUACAGCAUCGCAAACAGCGGCGACACGAUCAUCAGUAUCGAAUACAAAUGGUGUUGGACGAACAACGAGUGAUGACCCCUGCGCCGUCGGUAGCUUUGCGGCCGCGUUGGCUUUGGUUAUCUUGGGACUGUAA